GUAGGUGCGAGUACAACCGGGAGACCUUGCAGCGGUGUGAAAAUAAUAAAUCAGAAUUGUUACUGUCCGAGGAAGGACGGGAAGAAGACAUGACAGUUUCUGCAGAGAAAAGUGAAAUACCACUACUCGAGGACUACAUCCGCCUGAACAAGAUUAAUCUCUCGAUUCUAGGUCUCUGGCCACUGCCCGACGGUGCACCAAAAUGGCGACAGGCUCUGCAAUUCUUUCAGAACAUCGUAGUUUUCAUUUUGUUUUCUAUGCUUUAUUUCCCCGCAAUCGUUGACCUCUACAUGUACAAAGGAGACAUCCAAAUGAAUGCUGAUAAUUUGUGUACCACUAUGACGAUGUGCGCUGUUAUUACGUACAUACCGUACUUCGCGCUCAGGAGGAAAACCCUGAAGGUGAUUCUACGGGCGAUGGAGUCGAAUUGGAACCGUUCUAUGGAUCUAACGGCGCCGAAAAUUCAUCGAGAUAUUCUUUUACGAGCUGUUAAGUUUUCCAAGACAUUCACCAGGUGGUAUAGCUUUACCAUAUACGUGACCUGUUCGCUAUACAUGUUCAGUCCACUCGUCAUUCCCGCGGUCUCGCAGACUGAGACUGUGAGAAGACAGCCACUACGCGCUUGGUAUCCCAUUAACCAGACCUCGGAAGUCAUCUACACAGUAAUUUAUGUGUCGCAGGUCGUCGGUGGAGCGAUUUCCAGUAUAGGAAGCGUUUCGGUAGACGGUCUCUUCCUCGUGAUGAUGCGUCUAUUUUGCGCUCAGCUACGUAUUUUUCAAUACGAACUGACAACGCUCGGCACUUCGACGACUAAUUGCAAAUCAAACUCUUCUACCACUCAUUUACGUAUGAAUACAACUACGAGCGACGUUGAGCUUCUCCAAAGGAUGAAAAAUAUCAUCGAGGACCAUCAAUCACACAUUCAAAACGCUGACAAUAUUAGAUCUCUUUACAACGUGGUAUGUCUCGUGCAGCUGGUCGUAAGCAACGUCGUCAUCUGCGUGAUUGGAUUCCAGCUGAUCUUCUACCUGGACUCCCGGGGAUUGGACUUGGUGAAAUACGUGAUGUACAUUCAGGCCGUCCUCCUGCAAAUUUAUAUCUACUGUUCGCUGGGGGAUGAUCUUAUGACCGAGAGCACCAGGGUUGGACAGGCUGCCUACGAUUGUCCUUGGACGAAUUACCCAGCCUCCGUGAAGGGCUGCCUCCUGGUGAUGACCAUGCGCUCCCAGCAACCGCUCCUCAUCACUGCUGGGAACCUCUACAUCAUGUCGAUGGAGAAUUUCGCCGCGAUUCUCAAGACUUCGCUUUCCUACUUGUCGGUGCUUCGUGCGAUGUGCGACGACGGCCUCUCGGAUUGAUAUUAAAUACGAAGCAAACGUCUCUCAGCGAUGCCGAUAUUUUGCUACUCUUGAUAACUGACCUGAGCUUACAAGUAUAAUACUUUGGAAUUUCAUUCUGUACUGUCAUCGGUAGUUUAACGCAUCGAUAUACGUCGAUUGCACACAUCGGUAUUGAAAAUCUUAUAUAGGGUGCAUUCGAAUAUUGCAAUGAUUUAUCAAUAUCGAGUUAUAAGUUCAGACUGAAGAGAAAAGUUCUGUAAAAGCGAUGAAAGUUGUUUUAAAAUUUUUCAGCGAAAUGUUCCAGUCAAUUCAUCGUCGUGUUCUGCGUAAGUACAAUUACUUUGGCUUGUGAAAUUUAAUAAUAGUUAUAUGCUCGAUGUGUGGACAGGAUGGGAUUUGCUGUGAAAUUAGGGGAAAUAAUAUAUUAGUUUGAUGUGUAUAUAAGUCUAGAUUGAACUGCGGUUUCGUAGAAUAAAAUUU